UGCAGCUACAGAGAACAGAAGUGAGAGAUAUUUGUUGAGUGUAUCGUGUGUCUCCUCUCAACAAUAACCUCGACAGGGAAAGUUCUGGAAGGCAGUGGAAGGUUCCUAGACAGCCGGUCCUAAGGAUCUCGUGCCUUGCUGAGAAGCGUAAUCUCAGAAUAUCGAUUUAGUAACAUCCGUUUGUGCGUCUUGACAUCGUGUAAAAUUUGUGAUAAUUGUGUAAAAUCCAGCGAAACUCGAAGACUUUGAAAGACGACAAUGGCAACAAAGGCUGAGGAGAUGAAAUUAGAUAUCGAGGAACUCAACAGCUUACUUGAGCAGGCUAAGAGACAACACACCAAGAAUAUAUUAAUGUUGGAAAUCAGGAAGUUGCGGGCGGAUAUGGAGAAGUUUGUGGAACAGAAAGAUAUGCCUGUCAAGGCGACAACUCCCACGCUCAACAUUGCUCAAAAGUGCUAUGAAGUAAAACUAAACAACUAUGGGUGGGACCAAACGAGCACGACAAUGAAGCUCUACAUAACGUUGAACAACGUUCACCAGCUGCCCAAAGAAGCCGUUGUCUGCAAUUUUACAGAGAAAUCUUUGGACCUACGCAUACUUGGACUCGACAAUAAGAAUUAUCACUUGCCAAUCAAUAAUCUGUGUGGGGAGAUCAACACUGAGAAGAGUAACUUCAAAGUGAAGACCGACAUGAUCGUCGUGUCGCUCGCGAAGAAGGUUGCCAAGGACUGGUCACACGUCACACUGGUGGAAAAGAGAAUAAAGGACGCGAAGACGCCGUCCAUGCCCGAGCUAGGCGAGGACAGUGAUCCUAGUUCCAGCCUGAUGAACCUCAUGAAAAAGAUGUAUCAAGAUGGCGAUGAUGAGAUGAAGAAAACGAUAGCGAAAGCAUGGACCGAGAGCCAGGAGAAACAGAAAAACACCACGACCUUGGAUAUGUAAUUUCAAUGUCAAUCUAGACUUAAUCUAGGUAUUUUUUUGCGUAUUUCUUUUUUGAUACGUUAAAAAUGUAAUAUAAUUUUAGAGUAAACGCUUAAGAAGCAAAAGUGUAGAAAACUAUAACAUAUUUACUGUAAGAAAGAGUACCUUUCUUGACUGUAAAGAGAAUAAGUAAUCCAUGUUGGUGUAAUUAUGUAUGUAAGUUUUCAAUUUUGAACAGAUUAAAAAGUUUUUUUCUUAUAAGCUAAUUGCAAACAAUAACGUAACUUAGGUAUUAUUUUUUUCAGCUGAACCUUUUUUUACAUUAGAAGGAAAAUAUAAACCAUAUGCGAGAUUCAGAAUGAAUAAAACUAAUCUAUUCUUAAGAGACCUUACUUUAAUCUUGUAAACACAUUUAUAUAAUUCAUAAAAUCCUUUAUGUAUACCUUAAAAAUUUGAAUUAUACAAUCUUUAAAUCUUUGGAACGCAUAUGGCUGCCUGAAUACUUGAAUAAAUGUUAUUCUUAUGUUUAAAAAUAGUUACACCAAUAUCGCUGCACUGAUAUUGAACUAUUGAAAAAAAGAUGUGUAUUGUUAACAUCUGCAUUUUCGAAUUAUUGUACAUCUGUUUGUAUGAUAUUGGAGGAAUUAAAUAAAACAAUAUGCUCCAAUUAAC